GAUCAUUCACUGACACGCCCCAUAUAAUCACGUCCAAUCACUGCUCUCGAAUACUGUUAUCUCUCUAUGACGCUGGUCAAUAAUAUGUGAGCAUGUGUAGUAGCGCUCGAUAAAACCAGUAGUGCAGACGCAAGCAAGCCACGUUACUGUCAGUCUUCACCUGUACUUCGCUCAGCCGCUCAUGGUAGACCUGAAGCUCUCUAGACCUUUAACGAUAAGGCUACAGUAUAUGUAAAUGGUGAGGAUGAUGGUCAAGUUGUUGGUGGCGGUGACGAUGGCUGCGGGUGUGUGUGCCGGGGUAACACAGCUAUCACCACCUUAUGUCCAACAUGGUUUGGCAUCAUCAGUGGCAAAGGUGUUGGAGGCAGUGUUUGCAACAGUGACACAGAGUAGUUCCUCAGUGUUUCUCAUCACGGACGGCAAAACUUCCGCCUUCACUGUGUUCACAUUGUUAGACAAUCUGCAGAUACCUGGAGGCUAUGGAGUUUUUGAGGCAACAGCAGAGGGUCCGGUUAACACAACGGAAAAGCAGUUUUCUCGGCUCAUUGAGGAUAUCAAACAGCUGCUACACGUAUCUAGGCGUGUGACGGUGGUGGUAGUGAGCGAUGACCCACUCUUUCUCGCCGCCUUCGCCGAGUGGUCCCUCAAGGGCCGCCUCCUGGUGUGGUCAACGAGGCUCCUCGCCGUCACCCGCCUGCCCCUCCCGGAGCUCCACCACCUAUAUAAGACCUUCUCUAUGUGUAACUCCAUGUUGUUAAUCAUGAACAACCACAAGCUGAUUUUCAGGUGUAAUGUGUACCUCCAUCUGCCAUACAAUCCUCAGGGAGCCCAGGCACUAAGAAUUGCCUCUUGGACUCCCCAUCGAGGCCUUACUCUUACCACCCACUACUCGCUCUUCCCUGACAAGUUCGACAAGUUCCCGCAGAAGCCGACGCUGAAGGCGGCGACGGAGGUAAAUCCAAUUAAUAAGAUGAUCACCUUAGACAACGAUGAAGCACUUGAAGGAGAGAGGUUCAAGUUCACGGGUCCCGCCCCAGAGUUGAUAGACUACCUCGCGAGGGCAAUGAAUUUCUCUUACCAAUACUUGCGGCCUGCGGAUGGAACUUGGGGUGUUAAACUUGAGAACGGCUCCUGGUCAGGCAUGGUGGGCAUGUUGAUGAGGCAGGAAGUGAACAUCGGCGUCGGCCCUUUCAUUAUUAGUGGAUCCCGAGCUGAGGCGAUGGACUUUACUGUGCCAAUAUUUUUGGACUAUUGGAGGAUCCUGGGUGCUCGAGGGCAGCCGGAGGUAGAUCCGUGGGGAUUUAUACUGCCCCUGGCGCCGCUGGUGUGGUUAGCCAUCCUGUCUGCCCUGCUCCUGCUGCCUGCUACAGUAUUUCUUAUGUCUUCGUACUUUUUUCACAAGAGAGAAAACCAAAAGAACUUGUUACGGGUCAUCUUCGACUACAUCCGUGUAUUGUUACAACAGGACGUUCUGGAUCCAGUAAAUUGUUGGUGGGAGAGUCUGGUUUUAGCUGUGUGGAUGUUGAUGAUGCUGGUGUUAACGCGGAGCUACGCCGGCAACCUCAUGUCCCUCCUGGCCGUGAGACACAUCUCAGAACCUUACCAAACUCUCCAGGACUUGUUGGAUGACCCGAUGGUGACGAUGAUAUGGGAGAAAGAUUCUCAGUCUGUGCGCUAUUUACAUUCUGUCGAGUCUGGUAUAUACCGGGAGAUCUCCGAUACGGAAAAGGAAGGUCGCCUUAUAUAUAAGACACACGAAGAGUUCCCAGAGACCAUCGACACGCUGGUGAGACAAGGUGACCACGUCCUUAUGGAGGUGGAUAUGGGUUUAAAGGCAUAUGUGGCUCGAGACUUUACAAGAACAGGAAAGUGCUCCUUCUAUGAGUCCAGAGAGGGAUUCCUGUCUCUCAUGUUUGCUUUGGUCGGACCGAAAGCUAGUCCAAUUGUUCCUGCCUUAAGUAAGAGGAUAACAGCCAUGACGGAGGCGGGGUUAUUUUUUUACUGGAUGAAGUCCGCUGAACCAAACUCCACCGUGUGUUAUCGCUCUCCCACCAAGAUCACAGUCAAGACGACCCUCAAUCUUACCAACGUCUGGGGAAUGUUUGUAAUCCUCGCUGUUGGGCACAUUAUCAGCUUAUGUGUGCUGUUUUAUGAGCUUCUGGGCCUUCGUCUUCAACACAGAGUGGGACCAGUGGUGGAAAUAUUUCAGUAGUAAAUAUUACUGGAUUUCGCAUAAUAAAUAAUAUUCUUUUCGCAAAGAAUCGUGCAAUUUCAGUUCUAUAAUCUCGUUUGCAGAAUGUAUGAGUUAAUUAAUGUGUACUGUUCCUUUUUAAAACAAAGUACACGUAGCUAUAGAGUCAUUGGUAAGCAUUAAAAUGUACCCUCCACACCGGCAGCUCAAGGCUAUCUACGUACAGUACAGCAUGAGCUCAAGUAGUUGACCACAACAAAAUAGUUAAGAUGCUGCAGCAUUAAAAUUUAAUCAAUAUGAUAUUAUGCAGUAUGUCAAUAUUUUGUUGACUCAACACAAUAAAUUAUUAAUAACUAUA